AUCAGUGAGCACUGUUUUUAGACUUAAACCCUAAACCCCGUUAGCUUUGGAGAGAAGAAAUAAGAGUAGUAGAAAGAUGCAGUCAAUGAAGGAAACAGCUGCCAAUGCAGGGGCCUCUGCUGAGGCUGGCUUGGAGAAGGCCAAGGCCUCCGUGCAGGAAAAGACCAUAAACCCUAAUGAGAAAGAGAUGGCGAGAGAGAGGAAGGAAGAGAGAAAAGAACUUGCAGAGCAGAUGAAACAAGAGGCCCGGGAUCAAACCGCAACAGCUAGGCAAGCUGGUGGUGGCUACACCACGGGUGGCGGGUACAAUAGAGGCGACGCUCGUGGCUACACUGCCACGGGUACUGGCAAUGACGCGGGCAGGAAUGUUGGCUUCGGUGACAACGUUGGCUAUGAUGGCAAUGUUGGCUAUGCUGGAGACACAACAGGUGGUUACGCUUAUUCGACAACUGGGAGCCAAGAUUACCGAAGUGGGGAAUACGAGGGUAGGAACUGGGAGGAGCGGGAGCCUAACAAUGCUGCAGGGACGACUAGAAGGAACACCCGCUUGGCUGGGGAUGAUCCAUAUGGACCCUAAUGGGUGAGUUUUUGUGCUCUGAAUGAAGACUUAGAAAGUCAGUUUGUGCUUUGUCGUAUGGGAGUUGGACGUUGUUUGGUUUUCCCUGUUUUUCUUUUGUUGGUAAGUAGAGAGUCAAGAGUCAAGGAUGUGUUUUCAGCUUGGUUUUCUUUUUUUUCUCAUUUUGGGUUCCUCCUGUUGUUGAGGCUGAAUGUAAUGUCUUCUUUCAGAGCAGUUAUAUAUACAUAUAUAUAUAUAUAAAUCAAUAAAGUUGGGAAUAAUUAGAAAAAAAAACACGUUUCAGU